AGUCCCGUUCCCUGCCGCCUCCCUCAGAGGCGAGGGGGAAGGAGAAGAGAGGGGAGGGGGAAGAAAGAGGAGGAAGAAAAAGAAGAAAAAAAAAGAAAAAGGGGAGGGGGGAGGAAAAAAAAAAAAGAGAGAGAACCCCGGCGACGGGAUCAGAGGAGCCGGGCCGUGAGCCUCCGCCCCAUGUGACUGGCGCCCAGGGUGGGGGCAGCGAGGCCUAGCAAACCCCCCUCGCUCGGGGCCGGGAGCGGGAGCGGCGCCGGGGGGGCUGCGGACUGGGCGGAGGCGGCUCUCGGACCCACCGGCGCUGCCGGGAAGGAUGGUUUUGUGAGAAACGGGCGGCGUGAGGAGGAGGAGGAGGAGGAGGAAGGAGCAGCAGCAGCCGCCGCCGCCGCCGGGCGAAGAGCGCGACAGAGACCGAGAGGGGAGGGGGCUUCCCCGGGGGGGGGAAGGGGGGGGCCCGGCGUUUCAUGUGGCGCGUCCCGCCCGUCUCCUCCAGCUGAGCGAGCGAGGGAGCGGCAGGCGGGCCCGCCGAGCCGCCGGGGCGAGGCGAAGGGGGAAGGCAGGAAGAGAGAGGUGAUCGGGGCAGAGCAGGAGCGGGAGACCAUGUCCGGGCGGCCCAGGACCACCUCCUUCGCGGAGAGCUGCAAGCCGGUGCAGCAGCCCUCGGCCUUCGGCAGCAUGAAAGUUAGCCGAGACAAAGAUGGCAGCAAAGUGACUACAGUAGUGGCAACUCCUGGACAAGGUCCGGACCGACCACAAGAAGUUAGCUACACAGACACCAAGGUGAUUGGAAAUGGAUCUUUUGGUGUUGUGUAUCAAGCCAAACUCUGUGAUUCAGGAGAGCUUGUGGCCAUUAAGAAAGUCCUGCAAGAUAAAAGAUUUAAGAACCGAGAGCUCCAGAUUAUGAGAAAGUUGGAUCAUUGUAACAUUGUCCGAUUGCGUUAUUUCUUCUACUCUAGUGGAGAGAAGAAAGAUGAGGUGUACCUCAACUUGGUGCUGGACUAUGUUCCUGAAACAGUAUACAGAGUUGCCAGACAUUAUAGUCGGGCCAAACAGACACUCCCUAUGAUUUAUGUCAAGUUGUACAUGUAUCAGCUGUUCCGGAGUUUAGCCUAUAUCCAUUCCUUUGGGAUCUGCCACCGGGAUAUAAAACCACAGAACCUCUUGCUGGACCCUGAUACAGCUGUUCUAAAACUCUGCGACUUUGGAAGUGCAAAACAGCUGGUUCGUGGAGAACCUAACGUUUCAUACAUCUGCUCUCGGUACUACAGGGCACCAGAGUUGAUCUUUGGAGCCACCGAUUAUACCUCCAGUAUAGAUGUGUGGUCAGCAGGCUGUGUGUUGGCUGAACUGUUACUAGGACAACCAAUCUUUCCAGGUGACAGUGGUGUGGAUCAGUUGGUGGAAAUAAUCAAGGUUCUGGGAACGCCUACAAGGGAGCAAAUUAGAGAAAUGAAUCCAAACUAUACUGAAUUCAAAUUCCCUCAGAUUAAGGCACAUCCAUGGACUAAGGACUCGUCAGGAACAGGACAUUUCACCUCAGGAGUACGGGUCUUCCGGCCCCGCACUCCACCAGAAGCAAUUGCGCUAUGUAGCCGUCUGUUGGAGUACACCCCCACUGCCCGCCUGACUCCCCUGGAGGCCUGUGCGCACUCUUUCUUCGAUGAACUACGGGACCCAAAUGUCAAGUUACCAAAUGGGCGAGAGAAACCUGCACUCUUCAAUUUCACCACUCAAGAACUGUCAAGUAACCCAUCUCUGGCUUCGAUCCUCAUCCCUGCUCAUGCCCGGAACCAAGCAGCUGCUUCAACCCCUACAAACGCUACAGCGGCCUCAGAUGUUAACGCAGGAGAACGAGUUCAGACCAAUAGUGUAGCUACAGCAUCAGCCUCCAACUCCACCUGAACCGGUACCAAGCAGCCAGCUGCACAGGAAAAAUCACCAGUAAUUUGAGUCUUGCUCAGCAACACUGGUCACAUUUGGAAAGAAAAUUAAAAAGAGGAAAAAAAAAAAAAAAAA